CGGCGCGGCCGGAGCCCGGGGCGCGCACUCCGCCCGGCCCGGGCCCCAGCAUGGCCGAGCCGCUACUCAGGAAAACCUUCUCCCGCCUUCGGGGCCGGGAGAAACUUCCCCGGAAAAAGUCGGACGCGAAGGAGCGCGGCCGCCCAGCCCAGCGCCCGGAGCCCAGUCCUCCAGAACCAGAGCCCCAGGCCCCGGAAGGAUCCCAGGCUGGAGCAGAGGGGCCCCCCAGCCCCGAGGCAUCUCGGAGCCCGGCUCGGGGUGCCUACCUGCAGAGCCUGGAGCCCAGCAGCCGCCGAUGGGUGCUGGGCGGGGCCAAGCCACCAGAUGAGGCCACCUUGGGGCCCGGGGCAGCUGGCAGUAGGGAGCCUGCUGGUGAGAUCUGGUACAACCCCAUCCCUGAGGAGGACCCCAGACUCUCGGCACCUGAGCUCCCAGGCCCACAGCCAGGCUCAGCUGAGCCGGAGAGCCUGGCCUCCCCAGGCGCAGCCCCCGCCAGUCCCCCAAACAAAGCCUCCCGCACCAAGUCCCCAGGCCCGGCCAGGCGCCUCUCAAUGAAGAUGAAGAAGCUGCCUGAGCUGCGGCGCCGCCUGAGUCUGCGGAGCACCCGGGCUGGCCGAGAGCGUGAGCGAGCCGCCCCCGCGGGGUCCGUCAUCAGCCGUUACCACCUGGACAGCAGCGUGGGGACCCCGGGGCGGGCGGCAGUGUCUGAGGGCGCACGGGGCCUGAGGGCCGGUUACCUCAGUGAUGGCGACUCUCCUGAGCGCCCAGCGGGGCCCCCGUCGCCCACCGCCUUCCGCCCCUAUGAGGUGGGCCCAUCGGCCCGGACGCCCCCCACUGCACUCUGGGGCCGCCUCAGCCUGCACCUGUACGGGCUGGGGGGGCUGCGACCGGCACCUGGGGCCACUCCGCGAGACCUCUGCUGCCUGCUGCAGGUGGAUGGGGUGGCCCGGGCCCGAACGGGGCCGCUGCGUGGGGGGCCAGACUUCCUGCGGCUGGACCACACCUUCCACCUGGAACUCGAGGCCGCGCGGCUGCUGCGGGCCCUGGUGCUGGCGUGGGACCCCGGCGUUCGGCGGCACCGGCCCUGCGCCCAGGGUACUGUGCUGCUGCCCACGGUUUUCCGAGGGUGCGAGGCCCAGCAGCUGGCUGUGCGCCUGGAGCCCCAAGGGCUGCUCUAUGCCAAGCUGACCCUGUCGGAGCAACAGGAAGCACCAGGCACAGCUGAGCCCCGAGUCUUCGGGCUGCCCCUGCCGCUGCUCGUGGAGCGGGAGCAGUCCCCGGGCCAGGUGCCCCUCAUCAUCCAGAAGUGUGUUGGGCAGAUCGAGCGCCGAGGGCUACGGGUAGUGGGGCUGUACCGUCUGUGCGGCUCAGCAGCCGUGAAGAAAGAGCUUCGAGAUGCCUUUGAGCGGGACAGUGCAGCUGUCUGCCUCUCCGAGGACCUGUACCCCGAUAUCAAUGUCAUCACUGGCAUCCUCAAGGAUUAUCUUCGGGAGUUGCCUACCCCGCUCAUCACCCAGCCCCUCUAUCAGGUGGUGUUGGAGGCCAUGGCCCGAGAGCCCCCAAGCAGGGCUCCUUCCAGCACUGAGGGCACCCGUGGGCUCCUCAGCUGCCUGCCAGAUGUGGAAAGGGCUACACUGACGCUUCUCCUGGACCACCUGCGCCUUGUCUCCUCCUUCCACGCCCACAACCGCAUGACUCCGCAGAACCUGGCCGUUUGCUUCGGUCCUGUGCUGCUGCCGGCGCGCCAGGCACCCGCCAGGCCCCGCAUCCGCAGCUCUGGCCCGGGCCUCUCGAAUGCAGUGGACUUCAAGCGCCACAUCGAGGUGCUGCACUACCUGCUGCAAGCCUGGCCAGAUCCACGCAGGCCCCCCGAGGCUCCGGAGCUCGUCCCUUACCUGCGGCCCAAACGACAGCCGCCGCUGCACUUGCCGCUAGCGAGCCCCGAAGUGGUGACUCGGCCCCGCGGCCGGGGCGGCCCCGAGAGUCCCCCGAGCAACCGCUACGCCGGUGACUGGAGCGUUUGUGGGCGGGACUUCCUGCCUUGUGGGCGGGACUUCCUAUCCGGGCCGGACUACGACCACGUGACGGGCAGCGACAGCGAAGACGAGGACGAAGAGGCUGGCGAGCCGACGGUCGCCACCGACUUCGAAGACGACUUCGAGGCUCCCUUCAACCCGCACCUGAACCUCAAAGACUUUGAUGCCCUCAUCAUGGACCUGGAGAGAGAGCUCUCCAAGCAGAUCAACGUGUGUCUGUGAGCCGGGCGGGGCCGGACCCCGAUUACUAAGGCCGGGCUCCUGGUUGCUAAGGCGGUGCCCUAACGACCUAGGGGGACCAGACCUGUAGCUCAGGCCUAGCUCCUGGUUCCUGGGGAGUUGCCUAGUGACCAGCCAACCCAUUGCUGAGAAUCAUUCCUCGUUUCCAGUGCUCAACAUUUGGGCACCGGUUGCGAAGGCCGGGGAUUGGGAAUUUUCGGGACCAGCUAUUGUGGCUAUCUUUUCUGAGUACCAAGGGCUUCUCCCUGGCUGCCAAAAGGCAGUUCUGCUUGCAGGGCUGGCUGGCCUCUUGCUUCCCCUUAGCCAGGGAAACGCCAGUUACUGUGAGCAUCACCCUGGGAUGGUGAGACACCCCCCAAGUCAGUCCUCUUGCUGCUGCCAACCAAAUCAGUAUUAGCUUUGAGCACUGCACUCUGCUUCUCCCUCGGCGGGCCCAAGGACUAUCAUGAGGUACUGUUUGAGGCAGGGUGGGGGGAAAGCCCCUAUCCUGGGCUCUGGCUGGAUAGGGGCAGCCUGAGGCUUACAGGAAAACAGCUGGUUUCCCCACCCUCUUUUCCAAGGAAAACCCCAUGAUUGCCUCAAACCAGCAAAAGUAGAUAGCAGAGUAUGGCCCUUCCCAAUUCUUCCUCCCCAUUCCUGAAGAAAUUGAGCACUUAUAAGACCUCCUUUUCGGAGGGGCCCCACCUGAAGUGUCAGGCUGGGGGCACUUUGGUACGGAACAUAUUUAUUGCCUCCGUGCGUGUGUGUCUGUGUGUGAGGACUAGUGUGCAUGGACAUGUCUAGAGCAGGCAUGUGGGGCUCUUUCAGGGACCACAGAGCGGGGAAAGAGUUUGCAGUGCCCAGGCACCCUGAAAUCCCCAGUAAUGGUGCCUCAGUGAGCCCCAGAGUUCCAGUGGGAGAGUAGGGUCCCCUCCUGUCUCCUCCCUCUUUCCCUCACUUCCAUCUUUGUGGACAAUAAAUCAGUAUGCACAGGU